AUGGACUCCCAGUGCACACCGCACGCCCCCGAAGCAGUGAUCCAUGAACAUACUGUACUGCCUGCAGGAUGCUGGGCACUCUCCAGCCCCUUUGUGGUAUAUUAUUCUUGUGGUGCAGUGUUGGAAUCCAUGGAAAGAGGUCUGAUUUUAUCCCCGGGUUUUCCAAACAACUACUACCCAGGGACACAUUGCGUAUGGCAGUUUUUCAUCCCUGUGCAAACUCAUCUUAUCCUGGAAAUUUUUGAUUUUGAUAUAUUUGCGAGCUCAAGUGAAACUCCUGAGCCUUGGGAUGGCUUUACAUCUCCUCCUACAAGAAGAAAUAAGGAAAUGCCUUCCAGUGAAGAAAGCUUGGAUUUUCCCACCUCUCUUCCUACCACAAAAUCCUUUCUUCAGACCUGGAUGGCAAGGGUGACUCACAAUCUCAACAGCCCAGGACCUCAGUCAAAAUUCCUUGAUGGCCUCCAUAAUGAAUUCCCAGGAACCACCUUAAAAAAAGAUGAAGCCAAACAAGCAUCUGAAGAAAAACCGUUGAAACAAAUGGAAGAACCCAAAGAAAUAGCCAGGACUCAGCCAGGUGGACUGUCAUUCACUGUGGCUGGCAAUGCUGCAAUGCCAAGGCAAAAUAUCAGUGGCUUAGAAAUGAACAAAGAUUUGAAAGGGAAAAUACUGCUUGCUCACCUCACUGCAAGAGAGAGAGACCAGGUCACUGGAGAAAGCCAGACUCUUUCCACAACAGCUUUGCCAACAGAAAGCUCUUCCCCACAGCAGCCUUCAAUAGAUGUGUGUCCCCAUGAUGUCUUGUAUGUUUCUGACCUCAUCACAUUUUCCUCUCGCUUUUGUGGGACAAAUUCACCUUUAAACAAGACCAUGGUCUUCGGUUCUUCUCUGGAGAUGGUAGAGGUUAUUAUGGAGCUGAUCACCACCACAGACCGUGGGCGGGGCUUUGCAAUGCUCUUUGAAUACAAGAACAUCACUAAACCUAGCAGUGUAGAUGCUGGGAGGCAAGAAGGAAAGAAAAACAUGAUGAUGCUGACAGUAGUAAUGGGAAUUGUCAUUUUUGCACUCAUUCUUUUGUCCACCCUCUGCAUAACUUGCAGGCAGAAAAUGUGUCCCAAAAGGAGCCCUGCCAAUGUGCACAGUGACCAGGAGAAUGGGAUCCAGAACUCUGCUGUUGAUAUCAAUGAGCUCCAGCUUGUGGUGCCAAGUCGAGAGAAUGAAAACAACAACCACUCUGUCAGCUGGGAGCAAGUGGUCACUUCAUCUGGUGGCAGCACAGACCGCUCUCCUCAGCUGACUGACCCAGAUGUGCCUUCUUCCACAUCAGCAGUGACCACUGAAACUGGGAGCGAUGAAGUAUUUAUUAUUUCAGCUGGCCCUGGUCCCAGUGGGUUGAGUUUUACCACAUACAGAAUACAGGACAAAAAACUAAAGAGAAGUAUCACGAGUCCGGCCUCUGUGUCCAGUUGGCUGACUUCCGAUCACUUGGCCACAGGAGCAGGCACCGUCGACAAAGGGAACGUAGCAACAGAAAACCAUUAUUCAAGACAACGAACUUGGAGUGCCCGAACUUUUCAUGAUUUAUUGGCUCCAAUACCUCAAUUACAGAAAAAGUGGUGCAGUUGGAGCACUACCAGCCCCUUCAGCAAGCUGGUGGACAGCGGUGGUUUCUCUACAUCUUCAAGAAACCAGGGUGCAGCAACUAGAAAAGUAAUUUCUGACACUGAGGUAGAGAGCACCUCUGAGCCUGUUUACUCCGACUCAUCCACUAGUAAUGCAUCAUACCCACUAACCCAGUCUGCACAGAAGCAGCGGAAGCUGAGCUCCUGUAACUUGAAAAAAUCCAGGUUUGGGAACCCCUACUUUGGGUUUUUAACCAGCUCCCCUGAUUGCAAACAUGUGAGGUCCUUGGAUUCUUCAAGACACUUGGGGGCCAUAUCUUCAAUUGACAGCCAAAGCCAGAGCCCAAAAAACUGUCUUGUAGGCUCCUUCCCUCUGAAAAGCAGUUUGGUCAGUGGCUCAAAGACCAAGGAGUUCUCAUUAGAAAAAGACAAAGCCAAUCACACCUUGGUUAUUUCUGAAGAAGGGGAUGAUCAGCAACCUUUGGUCCUAGCAGAGCACCUGAGUCAAUGUGGAGAGGCUCUGCCUGAGCAAACUGUCACGUGUGCUCCAGUGAAGAGUAGGCUGGAUAAAUCAUCUGUGGUUCUGACUGUGAAGGGAGAUGGGCCUGUUAGGCAUCCCAACUUCAUAUCUGAUGUGCCUCUUUGGGGACAGUCUCCUGGCUUAGGCAAGGAACAUUUGAGGACCUGUAGCUCUUCUAGAGACCAGCAUAGAUCACCUAUUGCAGGCACCGGUACCACUAAAUCAUCACAAAAGAGUGACACUGUGGAUGCUCGUACAUCAAGUCAAAUGUCAGUUCAGUGAUGCUUUCAGCCUUAACCCGAGCGAUUAAAAGCAUCAGGGUGCAAGAACAGAUGCACUAAGCUGUUACCUUCUGUGGUGGAACAGUCAGGCCUGUGGGGAGUAGCAACUUUGCUUAAUUUGUUUCUCCUCCCUAUCAGCAAGAGUAGACUUAUGGGUAUAAACUGACAGCAGUGUGUGAAAGUCAUAUUCAUCAUGUUCACCUGGGCUUAAUGAGUGUAACAAAGUCCUAGCCCUAGUUCCAUUCUUCUGGCAUAGAAUUUUGAUUGCAGUUUAUGGAAGAGUGAUGAAAUGACUCCCAUAAACAGGUUUUAAUAACUGAAUAACCAUCAUCUGCCAGUAGGGUAAAGGAAAAAGUUGAUUUACAACUUUGGCUUGUGGCGUGAAAUGGAAACCAGUCCUCAGGGUCUUUGUGAUAUUGCUUUUUGUAUUUUUUUGGCUACAAGGUAUGAGCCAAAUUUUGCUCUCAAGCAUAUCUGCACAAUUCAAGUUACACCUGGCUAGCUAGCCAAGGGUAGAAUUUGAACUUGCAUGUUUAUGGAUUAAAAAAAAAGAAUCAUGUUAACUUCUUUUAAGCCAUGUUUCUAUAGCUGGUGACUUUCACUUGGACACAAAGCCUAAUUAUCAACUUUUCUGGUUAUUAAAGGACAUCUAGACCUUCAUACACCAUAGUAGUAAAAGCAAAGUGUUGGCACUCUUUGAUGUCAUCCAAACUAACACAAGCUCCAACAUUCAGUAGCAUGGCAUGCUUUCUACCUUCUUUGUUUUGUUAUUUUUAGCAGACACAAAUUUUAAGGGAUCAUUACAUUCUUUUUAAGCAAUUCUUCAUGGCAACAGGAGUAUGUAUACAAAGGUAACAAAAUAUUUACUAGGAAUAAAGUUAUCAGCAUCUGUUUCUUGAUAGUUGCAGCUGCCGCUCUUUAUGAUACUGUAUUAACCAACUAUUUAUUGCUAGUAACGCACAUUGACUGGAGAACUGUUUCCCUUCCUUCAGCAGGCAAGACUUAAAAACUAAGUGGGGAAGACUUCAGAAUGCUCUCUGUAGAAAUGAACUCCUAAGUAGCUGUGCCACUCUGAUUAAAGCCAAGGUUUGCAAUGCAAGACUGAACCAAAGGGAAGUCUGCUAAUCCGAUUGCCUUUAAUAACUGUAUCAGUAUUUUAAUCGCCUCCCAAUGAUAUUUUACUGUUUCAGCAAGAAGUACAUGCAUACGCAAGCUACAACACGAAUGAUCUGGCUUUCCUAAAUUUAAGGAAUCUUUUUGUGGACUGCUUUAAACUGAUAAAAGGCUCCAAAUACUCCAUAAAACAGGUGCAAGAAUGGGGAGGGGGGGGGGGGGGG